AUGAAAAACAAUCAGUUAGAAAGAAAAAAAUAUUCUGUUCAUAAUUUGGUAAAAUUGAUUAAUGAAAGGCAAAAAGGAAAUGCAAAAACAAAUAAAGAAACAGAAAAUGUCAAAUCAAAAUUGGGAAUAAACUUAAGUGGUGAAGAAAAUAACAGAAAUACAAAUAAGCAAAAAAACAAUUAUGCUAAAAAUGAAAAAAGAGACGAUAUAAAAUGUAAUGCCAUAAAUGAGGUUAAGAAUAAGAGUACCAAUAUUGAGAGGGUAAAUUCGGAAAAUAAAAUCAUAAGAGAUAAUAUAUUUGAUAAACAAAAAGUGGAUAAUGAUAAUGAAAAUUUUAAUAACAAUACAGAAAGUGAAACAAGUGAAUGUAGUAACAAUGGUGGUGAACAAGAUGAUGAACAAAAUGGCAAAGUAGUCGAAUUUGAAGAGACAGGAAAUAAAAAUGUUGACGAAGUAAAAUUAUUUAUGAUUGAUUAUAAUGAAUGUCAAAAUAAGAAAUGCUCAUGUAAAAAGCUAUACCGUUUUAAAAAGAUUAAAAAAGUACAACUAAAUAAAAAAUUUAAAGGAAUAGUAUUAACACCAUUUUGUGAUAAAUAUUUUUCUAUAGAUGAUAAAGAAAUAGUAGAAAAACAUGGUCUUUCCGUUGUUGAUUGUUCUUGGAAAUCUAUAGAUUUAUUAAAAAAAGUAAAAUAUACAAACCAAAGAAAAUUACCUUAUAUUAUUGCAGUUAAUAGUAUAAAUUAUGGAAAGCCAUAUAAAUUAUCAUGUUUAGAGUCAUUAGCUUUUUGCUUAUAUAUAUGUAAUUACAAUAAACAAUAUAAUGAUAUUUUAAGUAUAUACAAAUGGAGUCUUAAUUUUACAAAUGUAAAUAUGGAGGUCUUAGAAAAAUAUAAAUUAUGCCGAAAUCAUGAAGAUAUUAAAAAAGCUGAGCAAGAAUUUAUUGAAAAUUCUAUAAAAAAAAGAGAAGAGAAUAAACAAAUUGAUCAUUAUAAGGUUAUUUAUGAAGACGAGUAUAUAUAA